AUGAUUAAUGACUACAAUCCCGCUUUGCUGUUGGCGUGGAAUGGAAAUAUUGACAUUCAAUAUGUUGGAGAGAAAACAGCCAUUUUGAACUAUUAUGUGACCAAGUAUACUACUAAAACUGAAAAGACCCAUGCAACCGACAUGUUUAACGAUAUUAACUCUACAAAAAGUCUUAGAAGCCGGUAUAAUAUUGGUCUCAGAGUAUUAGCGAAUCGAGAAUGCGGAGCUUUAGAAGCCAGCGAUACAUUAUUGGGAAUACCACUUUACGGCACGGACCCACAAACAACAAUAAGAUGGUUAGACGUAAACAUUCAUCGUAAUCGCAGGGUUAAAUCGAAAUCUGAAAUGACUGGACUGGACCCGAAUUCCACUGACAUAUAUUACGAUCCUUGGAUAGACAACGUUUACCCUGCCAGACCUGACGAAUUACAAGACAUGAAUCUAUUUGACUUUUCGAAAGACUAUGAUUUAGUUAAUACACGGCCUGUUUCAAAUAAAGUAGAGUAUUAUGUUUUAGCAAAUAAAAAAUACUUAAAAAAACGAGAUAGACCAUACCUAAUUAACCAUUACCUGUAUGAUGUAGAGCAAAUGCCAGAAAAAUAUUUCUUUUCCUUGUUGUUAUUAUUUAAACCUUGGAGAAUACUAGAUGACCUAAAAAUGCAACAUGAGACAUACACAGAAACAUUUAAUGCUGUAAAGGACGAUUUACAAGAAGCGUUACGCUACGGAAAUUUACGGACUGAAUUACGAAAUAUUUUACAAACAGCUUUUGAAAAGGUAGAAGAAAAAGUAGCAGAACUAAACGAAGAAAGGGAAAACAUAGUAGAUGAAAGCCCCGACAAUCCUUUAGCUUUGGAAGCGGUAAAUGCUAUGGAAGAUUUAAACAACUUUAAUUUAGUUGAAGCGGAUAUUUCUGAAAUGAAUGAGCAAGCAAUGAUAGAUAAACUGAAUUCUGAUCAAAAAAAAGUAUUUGAUACAGUCACUAAUAAAAUUACAAACAAAAAAGAAAUAUUGCGACAUUUUGUUAGUGGCACCGGUGGCACCGGCAAGAGCUAUUUAAUAAAAACCUUAAAAUAUGGAUUAAAAACAACCUGCAUAAAAAUGUUGCUAUUACUGCCCCGACUGGAAUUGCAGCAUUUAACGUAA